GCAUGUCACAGAAUGUAAAAUCGUUCAAGAGUGAAAACGAAAACGGUUUUAGCUUCUCUAAAAAACGGAAAACGCAAAAAUUUUGCGUUUUGAUAUCACUUUCAAAAAGCAGGGUGAAAUUGAAAUGUUUAGUGAUUUUAACGUAAAAAAUAAACAGAAGACACAUACAUUUAACAGAAAAUAUUGUAUUAACCAAAUUCUCUUAGAAUGAACAUGUUUUUGGAAUUUUUUUUACAAAAAAUCUAUUAUUUUUCUAAUCCAUGAUGAAAACGCAAAAAAAUAUGCAGAAAUGAACGGCAGACUUGUAUUGUUGAAUUAUUGCCAUAUGUGUUGAAGAAGAAGGUGUGGAAAUGUACAACUGACAGACCAAAAAACAAGAAGGGGAAAAACAAAAAAACAAUUAAUUGUUUGGUUUGAGACAGAGCGCUUCAGUCAAUCGGGCAAAAAUGGGCAAACACCGAAACGUUAAACAGGACAAAAUUUUUAUCAAUUUUAUGGAUAAACAUCACGAUAUUGCCAGGGGCUAUGUAAAAGGUGAUUAGGUUGUUGUUGAUUCCCUAUGGACAGAAUUGACAGCUUUGCUGAAUAGUUCAGGUCCACCAAGUAAAACCUGUAAAGAAUGGAAGAAAGUUUGGUCAGAUUGGAAAGGAAAUGUUAAGGCGAAGAUGUGCCAUAAUAAAAAGGACUUGCGAGGAACUGGUGGUGGUGAUAUCAAUCAAUAUGUUUUCAAUGAACACGAGAACAGUUUAAUCAGAAUUUGCGGAUUGUAUAAAAGUGUCGAUCGAGUUGGUGGUGCAGUAAGCUUUGCGGAUUUUGUAAGUGAAUUAGACCUCAGUUGUUCUGAAAAAGAAAACUUUGAUUCGUCAUCAUCUACACAUAUUCCAAGAACUCGAAAAUCAAGUCAAUUAGUUUUAAGUGAAUCUGAAAACGAAGAGCUUAAUUUUUCACCCUCAACUUCAAAGCAGACCACUUCGAUUUUAAAUAAAAAAGAUAGACCAAGAUCAUGCAUUCCAGCUGCUUUUAAAAAUGUUUCUACAUUGGCAAUUGAUCCAAGAACACCAACAUUGGAAGAAAACCGUUCGCGAACACCUAUUCAAAAACGACUUAGAAAUAAAAGCUUAUCGUGUUCUCCGCCAUCUACACCAAUAAGACAAGUGUCCGGCAGCCUAACAAAAGCAAAACCCACGCCUGCAGUAAAAAGACCCCGGGCAAGAACUCCCUCAAAGCAAGAUCUAAAUGCGCUUUUAGUUGAGGAAAAUUCUCAUUUAGAAAACUUGGACAAAAUUUGUAAAAUUCUAGAAGAUAACAGUAAGGAAAUGAAAAAACUAACUGAAAAGUUGGACAGACUUUGUAACAUCCUGGAAAAAAAGUAUGUGGAAGAGCAGUUACAUAAUAUUGAAAUGCAAAAGAGAAUGCGUGAACGGAACGAAAUGAAACUCAAAAUAGUUGAACUUGAAACUCUUAAAUAUGCUGUAGAACAGGAAAAAGCAAAUACGACUCGUUCUUAACUUUACAUUAUUUUACACAAUGGACUAAAAACAAUCUGUUUUUUUUUAUAAAAUGUUUU